AUGAUGAUGCCCCUUCGGCUUCUGGCCUUUGGCCUCGCAGCCCUUCAUCUUCCAAAUGCUUCUGCUCUACCUGCGGCGGAUGCCCUUCUUCCCACUUCACUUCAGACUUGCUUGAAAACCACCGGUGCCGAUGUCAUCCACCCCAGCGACAGCAGAUACAACGCGCUGGCCAAGCCACAGAACACCAACUAUCAAGCCCAUCCUGAAGUCAUUGUGAUUCCGUCUUCGACCGAGCAGGUCGCAGCGAUAGUGCGAUGCGUGGCAGCCGAGAAGGGAAGCACGAAGCUGAGCCCUCGCGGCGGUGGGCAUAGCUAUGCUGCGUAUAGCUUCGCGGGGCAGGUAGUUAUCAAUCCGAGUAAGAUGAAGGCGAUCUCGAUCGACGAGACCAAGAAGGAGGUGACGGUGCAGUUUGGUCAGACGUUGGGUCCGUUGGCACAGGCUAUCGGGCAGAAGGGGUAUGCUCUGCCGCACGGCACUUGUCCGACGGUGGGCGUGGCAGGUCAUUCUAUGGGUGGUGGAUGGGGAUUUGCUUCGCGCAAAUGGGGUUGGUUGGUUGAUAGGAUUGUAUCCCUGCAGUUUGUGGAUGUGAAUGGGAACAUCAAGCAGCUCAGCUCCAGUUCUACAGGAACCGACGCCGAGCUGUGGUGGGCUCUCCGUGGCGCCGGAUCCAACAACUUCGGCGUCGUUACUGCGUUCACCUUCGCCCUAGAGAAAGCUCCCACUGCCACUGUGAACUACGAACUUCAUUUCGGCCCCGAAGCAGACUGUACCCAAGUCCUCCUAGAAGUCCAAGCCAUGGGAAAGCUGCCCGCUUCCGAUCCCAACGGCCUUCCUCUCGACCUUGGAGUGGAAGUAUUAUUGAUGGGCCGAGAUUCAAACGAUGACAGCGCCUGCUACCUCCAGGGUCAAUAUCUCGGAAAGAAGUCCGCGUACCAACCGAUCAUGAACAAGUUACUGAACAAGCUUGCAGCGAAAGGCAUCAAACCGAGAACUUCGGAGUCCAAGGUCGAGGAGUUUUCUAGUUGGGUUGCCGCCCUCACAGACCUGAUGGGUCCUCUCGAUGCGUCGGAUGAUUAUCUCCCAUAUUACGCACAGUCGCUGGUCGAUAACGGAAGCCCCGACUAUACGCAGAAGCAAACGGGUCUUGUCUUCGACGCACUUCGCGUCGCACGGGGCAUCAAGAAGACGGAGAACGAUGUGUCAUUCGACCUGCUUGGUCCCGGGUCGAAGACGAACGGCCCGACUUCCACCGGCGACAUGGCGUAUAUUCACCGUCAAGGCCUUUUUUUGGUGCAGAUCUAUUCGGCUUAUUUCCCUGGGUUUAGUGACUCUACUCGUCCCGACGCCGUUGCGAAGAUCACCGCUAUUACAGAUGCUAUCAAGAAGGCUAGACCAGCCAGCGAAUGGCACUCCUAUCAGAACUAUAUCGAUCCCUACUUAGAGGACUUUGGGCAGGAGUACUAUGGCGAGGGGCUUGGACGCUUGAAGACGCUGAAGUCUGCGGCGGAUCCUAGAGCCAUAUUUGACUUUCCUCAAGGGCUGAACCAUGCGUGA